AAAUAUAUUUUUGCAUUUGGCAACACAACAACAGCCUUGUCUUGCGCAGCGAGUGUGCGCAGAAAAAUAAAAAAAAUAAUAGGAAAAGAAAUGGCAGUUACUAGAGAGAAAGAAAAUUGUUCAAGAAAAAUUAAUGGAAAUAUACCUGCAUUAUCUCUCAAUAGUGAUAAUAUGUCGACGUCCACGGAUAGUGACGACGUAGCGGACCCGACGUAUGAAAUUAGGAACAUUCAAAGCAUCAUAAACGUAACUCGUGAAAACAUUGACGCUCUGAAUGCAAAAUUCGCUGGUUUCCAGCAUCCUCCGUCAUUGUAUCUGUCUGAAUACCAAGAGUUGACGUCUAAGUUGCAUAAUUUGGAGUUAAGAGAGCGGACUUUGCGCGAGUUGCUGCAGUGUGAGUCGCCGGACAGGAGUGAGGAGUAUUCGUUGCAUGAUGACAGUAAAAAGUUCGAUACUCUUACGCGGCAGCCGAAGGUGUUCCUGCGGGCGCACCUGCCGAACCAGCAGCGCACGAGCGUGCAGGUGAAGGAGGGAGUGACGCUGCGGGACGCGCUGUCCAAGGCGCUGAAGCUGCGCAACCUGACCUGUGAGAUGUGUGAAGUGGUGCGGACAGGCAAUAACCUAGUGAUACCGUGGGACAUCGACAUUACGCACAUCGACGCCGAGGAGGUAACAGUCCGCACCCUGGACAAGCUGCCCAUAAUGUCGCACAUAUCGCAUCAGUUCACCCGCAAGACGUUCUUCACUCUGGCCUUCUGCGAGUGCUGCAGGCGGCUACUGUUCAACGGCUUCUACUGCUCCCAGUGCAACUUCAAGUUCCACCAGCGCUGUGCUGACAAAGUGCCCAGUAUUUGUCAUCAGGUGCGCAUGACAGACACGUACUACGCGGCGCUGCUAGCCCAGAACCCGGAGACGCAAGCCGGCAUCCUGCACUUCCCGCCACACUUCGGGUACCAUCAUAUGAUCUCCAGGACUGAUCAGAGCAAGUCUAUCUCUCCAGCUAAGAAAAUGAAGGAGUUUGAUGUUCAUUGGCACCAGCACCCUCGCUCACUAAACCAGCAGGACAGGUCGAAUUCGGCGCCAAACGUGUGCAUCAACAUGGUGCAACGCCCCAUGACGCUGGCUGAGCACCAGAGGAAACAUAACCAGUCUAACAACUCGCCGCAGUCGUCGAACUACCUGACGUCGGGCAGACACAAACAGGACGACAAAGACAAGGCUGUCGAUCAGCAGCAUAGCCAGAGCACACAGGCGUCCCCGACGGGCACACUCCGGCCGCGGCGGGCGCGGGCGCGGUCGGCGGACGAGUCGUGGAAGAACGCGCUGUCGCCGCGCGAGAGCUACGACGACUGGGUCAUACACGCCGACGAGAUACUCAUCGGCGCUAGGAUAGGUUCUGGCAGUUUCGGGACGGUAUACAAGGCGCACUGGCACGGGCCGGUGGCGGUCAAGACGCUCAACGUCAAGACUCCCACGCCCGCACAGCUGCAGGCCUUCAAGAAUGAGGUGGCAGUCCUCCGCAAGACCCGGCACUGCAACAUCCUCCUGUUCAUGGGCUGCGUGUCGAAGCCGUCGCUGGCCAUCGUGACGCAGUGGUGCGAGGGCUCCUCGCUGUACCAGCACCUGCACGUGCUGGAGACGCCCUUCCCGCUGCUGUACCUCAUCGACGUGGCCCGCCAGACGGCGCAGGGCAUGGACUAUCUGCAUGCUAAGAAUAUUAUACAUAGGGACCUGAAAUCCAAUAACAUAUUCCUGAGAGAUGACUGGUCAGUCAAGAUAGGAGAUUUCGGUCUAGCCACGGCCAAGGUGCGGUGGUCAGACACAUCAACAGCGGGCGGCGUGCAGUGGCAGCAGCCGACGGGCUCGAUCCUGUGGAUGGCGCCCGAGGUGAUCCGCAUGGAGGAGCCGGCGCCCUACACCUUCCGCUCCGACGUGUACGCCUACGGCAUCGUGCUCUACGAGCUUAUGGCCGGCGAGCUGCCUUACGCGCACUUUAAUAAUAAGGAUCAGAUCCUAUGGAUGGUGGGUCGCGGUCUCCUCCGGCCCGACGCGCGGCGCCUCCGCCAGGACGCUCCACAAGCACUCAAGCGCCUCUUCGAAGACUGCAUCAAGUUCGACCGGGAACAGCGACCGCUAUUCCGUCAGAUCUUGGCCUCGCUAGAGUCCAUGCUCCGAGCCAUGCCUAAGAUCACCCGCAGCGCUUCCGAACCGAACCUGAACAGGCAGCUGCAUGCCUCUGAUGAUUAUCUGAGCUACAGCUGUGCCUCGCCCAAAACGCCUGUUAACUUCCAGUUCAAUACUGAUACUAGCUUUCCUGCGUUUUAUGGCAUCCCAGUGCCUAACCAGCGGCACCCGUAGGGGUUGCUGAAGGGCUACGACUAGCCAAGCGGCGCGGCCGGCGCAUGCGCGACGUCUGUCACCUGCGCGAGUGCCUCAAUAUGCGCGAAUCUGGCUAAUAUCCGUGUAUACGCGAGUGUUCGUACAUGCGCGAGUGUUUGUAUAUGCGUGAAUAUCUGUACAUGCGCGAACGUGGCUGUAAUCGCGAGUGUUCGCAUAAGUGCUAGUGGCCGCACAUGGGCAAAUAUUACUACACAUACGGCCGUUAUUACACACGCAAGUGUUGAUAUAAGUGCGAGUGUCACCUUGUGCGCGAGUGCUACAGAACCCGCGAUGUUGACCGGCCCCGGCGCGAGCGCUGCGUAGCUCUUCACCACACGUCAUCGUUAUGACGUCACUCACCUUACCUACGUCACGGGAAGACCAUUUGGACUUAGCAUUCGUCCUCAUGAUACUAGAAAGUCUUGACAAUGAAAAUAUCUCAACAUUGGACAUGAAGUUUCAAAAGUUCUCUAUCAAAUAAUCAGAAAAAUAUUGUAGUAAAAAGUGGCAGAUUUACUCUUGUUUUUCUGAACAUUGUCGUCUGAUAUCGAACUUAUAGUGUCAUAGAGGUCUUAGCUGGAUUGUCGAACGUUUCUGAGAAGUUUAAAUUCGUGUAUAGUUAGUAAUUUCAGUGUAAAAUGUGAUAAUGCCGACAAGGACAAAUGUGAGACAGUAUUUUAAGUAUGGCUUAACAUAAUUGGACGUGUGAGCGUUUCUAUUGGCGGGAGAUGUUGAGGGAUGCACGAUUGAGCUUCGACGCGAUGCUGUUCAGCGGCUGGUUUAUAUUAGUCAAUAAUCAGCUGGGACUUUGAACAGCCAAAUUUAUUUGCGACACUAUAAGAGGGCUGGACAUAAAGUUGAUAUUUUAUGCGUAAGUUAACGAACGAAGUAGUAGUCUGCGUGUUAACAAGUCAUGACAAUCCUUAACUCAAAAACAGACUCACGCCCUGUCUUACAUAUAUUGAAAUUGAAUUGUUAGGUUUGCUUGCAAGUCCGAUAUUUAACAAUCAAUACUGAAUAAAUUACAUGCCGAAAACUUAGGCCAUAUACUUUAUAAAUAAAGGGGUGUCUACGUCUAAAAUAUCGACUUUAUUUACGCACCUUUUAUAGUUGUCAUAUUGAAUAAGGUUCUACUGUCGAUAUGUUCACGAUCUCGGAAUGUAUUUAUCUUUAUUUAUUGUAUAAUUUAUUGAAAAUUAUUUAUUAUUAUUUUUGACCAAGUUAUUGAUAUGAUGUGAAAAGUUAUGCAUAUUAUAUUUUAUGGAUCUAAUGUCGCUCAAUAUAUGGCUAAUUUUAUCGAAAAUCUGAAAACCACUUGUGUCUCACUUUACUAGUUAUUUUGAAGAAAAUAAAGGCAAUCCUAACAUUUAUUUCCAAUACAUUUCUAGUUACAAAUUAUUCUAAUUGUUCCAUCUGGGUGAAGUCUGAAGGCGUUUACUAGCUUGUAAAACAGGGACGAUGAUAUCCUUGUAUCUAAAUCAGUCUUAUGAAACCAUACUCAUAGUGCAAACAUUCUGUGAAGGUUUAAAUAACGUGACAAACAUAAACGUGCGAUUUUUAAUCGCAAGUUAGUGACCCACUUUACAUAAUCGUUGACAGAGCGACGCAGGCGCAUCGAUCGAUACUGACGUUAUUUUUCAGAUAUAAAUAAAAUAUUUUUGUAUUAUCUCAAUACAGAUCAUUAAGUGAUAGUAAUAAUGUAUGUUUUAAAAGUAUUAUUUGUACGAUAUAGUUGUAACCGGAUCGUGUCGAGACAUAAAUGUAAUUUAUUCGUAAUUAUUGUAAAUAAUUAAUUGUAAUAAAGACCGUAGUUUAAUGUCGGACGAUUAAGAAUCUUGUGUAUACAGUAUAAUUAAUUUUAACGCAUAACUAUUAACUUUAAGAACACAAUAAAUUAUUGUUUCAAUUUA